UUUCAUUUUCAUUUGGGUUUAAUUUGUUUUUGCUGAUUUUGGUUAAUUUGUUAAAUUAAAUUGUAUCAUUUUUAACUUGAUUUUUCUUACUCCUUAUUGAACAUGCAAGCUCUCCGAUGUACACGGCUUGCCUUACAGUCGAAUUUAUUUUCAUCUGUUAAUUUAAUCCAGUCAAAUAAUCUAAUUAAGUCACUUGUUAAUUCAUUUGUGCUUCAACAACCAAAAUCUUUAAUUGCCUCUGUAAAUCACCAACAGAUCCGUGGUUUAAAACAUAGAGAUAUGUUAACUCUUCGGUGCCCUGAUUGUUAUUUUAAAAAAGUAGAAGACGAAUGGUUUGUCCUUUGUCCGACUUACCCUAGACACAAGCAAGUUGAACGUGUUUGGGAUAUCAGAGAGAAAUGGAUUGUCACCCAUAAGACAAGAAGAGGGAAACCAUUCAUGAAGAAGGAAGAAUCUUACAUAAUCGGUACCUGUCCACCUUCACCUUUUGACUAUAAACCUAAAAUUGGACAAAGGAUCAGAACCCGAAGACAAUACCUUCACCCAACUAUGGUACCCCCGGAAAAAGGUGGAUCCAGAGAUGUUAGACCCAAUAUUAUUAUUGGGUUGACUCGCUUUCCCACUGGGAUAACCAAUACAAACAAAAAAUAGGAUUGAUUAGUUUAUGGUCAUAGUUUUUUUCCCGACUAAUUACAAAUUGUCUGAUCUUUGAGACACAUUCAUCGUUUCCUGAGUAUCGAGACAACAAUUGCCAUGAUGAUGAAGUUGUGACUAUCAUUAUUACAUGUAUUCUGUGUUGAAAGCUCAUCUUUGUUAACUAAAUCACUUAGAAAUUAAAAAGAAAAGGUAAUUUGUGUUACAUUAAUACAAACAAAAAACUCU